CCACAAGACAUCAACUUAUGUUGUCAUAAUAUUUGGAGAUGCCAACUGUUUUCAAGCCAAAUAUCGAGACGGGACGAGUAUCAGCUGUGUCUGUGGCAAUCUUAGAUGCUGCCAUCAGAGAAGCUAUAUGGAAUAAGUUUGAAGGUCUGGACUCUGUUUUACUCACCUCCAUUGCUUACAUAAAGGGGACAAAGUAUUCUAAAGGAAUGGUGCUCUCAGUUGGACAUACAUGUGGACUGCCAGAUUUUGGGAGCGUAUUGGAGAUCUGUGUAGUGGGUGGCUGCAUAUCAUUCAUCAUGGAACUUUUCACAGCGAGCUUCCUGGAGCAUCUAAGGUGUUACCAGCUUGCCAGAAGAGACCCUGCUGCAACUGUGGUUGUUGAUCCUGACGAUCUGAAUGACUACACCCCCCUUGCUGCAUACCCUGUUGAAGGAAAGCUGCUCAUCAUUCCAAGGACAUUCAUGUUACAUUAAGUUACUGGUGCCACAUCAGCGAUGCUUCUCCGAGUCAUUGUGUCACCUCAGGAAAUAAGACGUGUCACCCUACAGGAUGUUCCCCCAUCAGUUGAUGAGCUGUGUACAGUACUGCGCAACACUCUGGGCCUCCGAGGGAACUUCCUUUUACAGUUUGAAGAUCCAGACUUUGGGAACGAGCUCUGCAAUUUGACAGACAUGAAGGACCUGCCAACCGAACGAGCCACACUGAAAGUUCUGUUCACGUUUCCUGAUCCGCUUUCUGACUCGACAUUGGAUACUGCAAGCCCUAGUUCCCAGAGUACUACAAGCCGUUGUCUGUUCAGCAGUAGUAAUACAAGUCCCAGUCCCCCCAGUAGUGGUGAUUUAACAGAAUGGCCUGAUCCAUUUGUUAUUCCAGAUUUCUCCCAUGAUGUUGAGUUUCAGCUGAGGGUAGCAAAUGAUGCUUAUGCCAAUGACGGAACUGUGAUGGUCGUCUCAAAGAGUGUGAAGAGUGAAAUACUGGACAGACUGGCUGAUUGCAUAACCCAAAUCACUCCCUAUCGACCUAAAAACAAUAUAGAAAGUGUAGCCAAAGCUCUUGUUGUCGAGCACUCUUGCCUCAGGGAGCCAGGAUCGGGUCAAGGAUGGUAUUGCUGGAAAUUCAGCUUGGUAUUCAAGAUGGGCAAUUACCGUCAGAGGAUGAUGGCAGCUGGAUGCCCUGAAGUUCUUUUAAAUAAAAGAAAAAGAGGGAAAGCAAAGAGCAAGACAGUCAAAAAGUCCAAAAAGGAAGAGAUCCACUACUUGCCACAGCCACCUGAGGGACAAACUGCAGUUAAAUUAGAGAAGGAUCGUGAGACCAUGCUUCUAGAGGUGCAGAAGUGGGAUCCAGAUUUACAGGUCUUGGAUGAAUUGAUGACUGCGACGUUCUCACAGCGAAGACAAGAGAUAAUUGGUGAUGAACCGCUCAUCUCUGCUGUCAUGGACAGAUGGCCUGCAUUGUUCUGUGAGAGACAGGUAAUUCUGUGCCAACUGAGUACAGCAUAG